UUCCGGCGGCCUUGGGCCAUUAAUCAAUAAACUAGCCUCCUAAGCUCGACCUAGUCGUCGACUCGGACCUGUCAGAGUCAGACAGCCGCGUAGACCACUCCUGGAACAGGGCGGACAAAGAUCUUGCACUGUCACACAAUGUCUGGUAUUCAGUUGCUAUUCAUUGAACCAGAAGAGACAUCUAGGCAAUGAAUCUGGAGAAGUGAAUUGAAGACAGAUUGUAAGUUUAUUGAAUGGAGAACAUCGGUUAUGCUAGAGAUUUGCUAACAACCUUUUAAAGUGAUCUGAACCUGCUUUUUAUGUCAGAACUGCCUGGACUUCCUAGUUUUCACUACACUUGCCAGAGACUUAAACGUGUUGCCUUUAGGGUAUCAUCUACAUUAAACCUGGGAACUGUUCUCUGCUAGCUCUAAAAUGUUGAGAUACUGGGGAGAAAUACCAAUACCGUCAGGACAGACCAACAGAAGUUCCUUUGAUCUGCUUCCACGGGAGUUCCGUCUGGUGGAAGUCCAUGAUCCACCCCUGCACCAGCCCUCAGCCAACAAGCCCAAGCGCCCUACCAUGCUGGACAUCCCCUCAGAGCCGUGCAGCCUCACCAUUCACACCAUUCAGCUGAUCCAGCACAACCGACGUCUCCGCAGCCUCAUCGCCACAGCUCAGACCCAGAGUCAACAGCAGACAGAGGGCGUAAAGGCUGAAGAAAGUGAACCUCUUCCCCCCUGCCCUGGCUCACCUCCUCUCCCAGAUGACCUCCAGCCUUUAGACUGUAAAAAUCCCAAUGCACCAUUCCAGAUCCGGCACAGUGACCCAGAGAGUGACUUUUACCGUGGGAAAGGAGAACCAGUGACUGAGCUGAGCUGGCACUCUUGCCGGCAGCUCCUCUACCAAGCAGUGGCCACAAUCCUGGCCCACGCAGGCUUUGAGUGUGCUAAUGAAAGUGUCCUGGAGACCCUAACUGAUGUUGCACAUGAGUACUGCCUUAAGUUCACCAAGUUGCUGCGCUUCGCUGUGGAUCGGGAGGCCCUGCUGGGACAGACCCCCUUCCCCGAUGUCAUGGAGCAGGUCUUCCACGAGGUGGGGAUUGGCAGUGUGCUCUCCCUCCAGAAGUUCUGGCAGCACCGCAUCAAGGACUAUCACACUUACAUGCUCCAGAUUAGUAAGCAGCUGUCUGAAGAAUAUGAAAGGAUCGUCAAUCCUGAGAAGGCCACGGAAGACACUAAACCUGUGAAGAUCAAGGAGGAACCUGUGAGUGACAUCACAUUUCCUGUCAGUGAGGAGCCGGAAGCUGACCCUGCUUCUGGAGACCAGUCCUUACCCAUUGCAGUCCUUGGGGCUCAGAGUGAGCGCUUCCCAUCCAACCUGGAGGUGGAGGCUUCGCCACAGGCUUCAAGUGCCGAGGUAAAUGCUUCUCCUCUUUGGAACCUGGCUCAUGUGAAAAUGGAGCCUCAGGAAAGUGAAGAAGGCAAUGUGUCUGCACACGGGGUGCUGGGCAGUGACGUCUUUGAGGAACCAAUGUCAGGCAUGAGUGAAGCCGGAAUCCCUCAGAGCCCUGACGACUCAGACAGCAGCUAUGGUUCCCACUCCACUGACAGCCUCAUGGGGUCCUCCCCUGUUUUCAACCAGCGCUGCAAGAAGAGGAUGAGGAAGAUUUAACUGCAGGAGGACACUUUCAGUCCAGGCUGGCAACAUCUAGCAGAGAGCCUUGAAGUUUAAAUUGUUCCCAUAAGUAGUGAUUGGAUUCUUAUUCUUAAAUGCAGGUCGUUCCUAAUUUCAGAGAAACAGUUCUUAACCAAGUUACCUUUCACUUUGGCAUCGUUUUUAUACUUUUUCAGAAUAGCUAAGCCACUGUUGACAGACGAUUGUGAUACUGGCCUGGUAAUCAGGCCAAAGUACUGUCCCCAGCUGCUUUUCCACUGCAGGACCACACACAUCUUAGCUCCUCUCAGCCUUUUCUCUGGCACACUUGAGAAGAAUCAUGUCACUUUGAUGUUCCUUGCAGAGGUGGGAAGCUGAGAUGUUUUGCUUAAACUUCAAAGCUUGCAUAUAUUCACAUAAAUAUAUGCCAUUAUA